CGCUCUCCGAUUGGCUCUCGCCGCAGCGUCCCGGCGUCUCCGAGGCUCGUCCCCAUCCUAAGCCCCGCCUCCCUCUCGCCCGGCCGCGGGAACCCAGGGUUCCCAAGCUCCCUGAGCGCCUGCGCAGGGGGCCCACAGAGGCGCUGGCGAACCGCGGAGCGGCCGAGGCGCAUGCGUACACCGCCUAACAGCGCGGGGAGGGAAAAAUCCGCGAGACCGCGGCGGGAGAAGAUGGCGGUGCCGGGGGAGAGUUUGCAAUCUUUGUGAUUGGGCGAGUCGGGGGAACCGUUCGGGCCAUGGCGUCAAACUCAACCAAAUCUUUCCUGGCCGAUGCCGGCUAUGGCGAACAGGAGCUGGACGCUAACUCCGCUCUCAUGGAACUGGACAAAGGUCUGAGGUCUGGCAAACUCGGGGAGCAGUGUGAAGCAGUUGUGCGCUUUCCCAGGCUUUUCCAGAAGUACCCGUUUCCUAUUCUCAUCAAUUCAGCAUUCCUAAAGUUAGCUGAUGUUUUCAGAGUUGGAAACAACUUCCUGCGGCUGUGUGUUCUCAAAGUGACCCAACAAAGUGAAAAGCACCUGGAGAAGAUUCUAAAUGUGGAUGAGUUUGUGAAGAGGGUUUUCUCAGUGAUUCAUAGUAAUGACCCUGUGGCGAGAGCCAUCACUCUCCGGAUGUUGGGAAGUCUGGCGUCAAUCAUCCCUGAGAGGAAGAAUGCCCAUCACAGCAUCCGUCAGAGUUUGGAUUCCCAUGAUAAUGUAGAAGUUGAAGCUGCUGUUUUUGCAGCGGCAAACUUCUCUGCACAGUCAAAGGAUUUUGCUGUGGGGAUCUGUAACAAAAUCAGUGAAAUGAUUCAAGGUCUGGCUACACCUGUGGCCCUGAAGCUGAAGCUGAUCCCCAUCCUGCAGCACAUGCACCACGAUGCUAUCCUGGCCUCCAGUGCCCGCCAGCUCCUACAGCAGCUGGUCACAUCCUAUCCCUCCACCAAGAUGGUCAUCGUGUCUCUGCACACUUUCACUCUGCUUGCAGCCUCCUCUUUGGUUGACACACCCAAGCAGAUUGAGCUUCUGCUUCAGUAUUUGAAGAAUGACCCCAGGAAAGCUGUGAAGAGACUUGCUGUUCAGGAUCUGAAGCUGCUUGCUAGUAAGACACCACACACAUGGAGUAAGGAGAACAUUCAGGCACUCUGUGAGUGUGCACUGCACUCCCCUUAUGACAGCUUGAAACUCGGGAUGUUGUCUGUCCUCUCCACUCUGUCAGGGACCAUCGCCAUUAAACAUUACUUCAGUGUUGUUCCAGGAAAUGUAGGCUCUUCCCCCAGAUCUUCUGACUUAGUCAAAUUAGCCCAAGAAUGCUGUUACCAUAGCAACAGGGGCAUCGCAGCUCAUGGAGUGAAAGUGCUAACUAAUAUAACUGUGUCUUGUCAAGAAGAAGAUCUCUUGUCACUGGAGCAGGAUGCUGUCUUCGGCCUGGAAUCCCUUCUGGUGCUCUGUAGUCAAGAUGACAGUCCAGGUGCUCAAUCCACUGUGAAGAGUGCUCUCAGCUGUAUGGUGAAGCUGGCCAAGGGCCGGCCCCAUCUGAGCAGGUCAGUGGUUGACACCCUGUUAACUCAGCUGCACAACUCUCAGGAUGCUGCCCGGAUCCUCAUGUGCCACUGCCUGGCAGCCAUUGCCAUGCAGCUCCCGGUACUGGGUGACGGAAUGCUUGGUGACCUUGUGGAACUCUACAAGGUGAUUGGGCGAUCUGCUACAGACAAGCAACAGGAACUUCUGGUAAGUCUGGCUACUGUGAUUUUUGUAGCCAGCCAGAAAGCAUUGUCUGCGGAAGUGAAGGCAGUGAUCAAGCAGCAGCUUGAGAGCGUCUCCAGCGGCUGGACCGUGUACCGGAUUGCCAGGCAGGCUUCCAGGAUGGGCAACCAUGACAUGGCACGAGAGCUUUACCAGAGUUUGCUGACGCAGGUCGCAUCAGAACACUUGUACUUCUGGCUGAACAGUCUGAAGGAGUUCUCACAUGCAGAGCAGUGUCUGACUGGGCUGCAGGAGGACAGCUUCAGCUCAGCGCUUUCCUGCAUUGCUGAGUCUCUGAAAUUCUACCACAAGGGAAUCGCCUCCUUAACAGCUGCCAGCACACCACUGAAUCCUUUAAGCUUCCAGUGUGAAUUUGUAAAGCUCAGGAUCGAUCUUCUCCAAGCCUUCUCCCAGCUUAUUUGCACUUGUAACAGCCUGAAGACAAGCCCUCCCCCUGCAAUUGCCACUACGAUUGCCAUGACCUUAGGAAAUGAUCUUCAGAGGUGCGGCCGAAUCUCCAAUCAGAUGAAGCAGUCCAUGGAAGAAUUCCGAAGCCUUGCCUCCCGGUACCGAGAUCUCUAUCAGGCAUCCUUUGAUGCAGACUCAGCAACUCUGAGGAAUGUCGAACUCCAGCAGCAGAGCUGCUUACUGAUAUCUCAUGCCAUAGAAGCCCUGGUUUUGGAUCCUGAAUCAGCAAGCUUCCAGGAGUAUGGAUCCACAGGUGCUGCCCACGCUGACAGUGAGUAUGAGAGAAGAAUGAUGUCCGUAUACAGCCACGUCCUAGAGGAGGUGGAGUCGCUUAACCGGAAGUAUGCCCCAGUUUCCUACAUGCACACAGCAUGCCUCUGCAACGCCAUCAUCUCUCUGCUGAAAGUUCCUCUUUCAUUUCAGAGAUACUUCUUCCAGAAACUGCAGUCUACCAGCAUCAAGCUUGCUCUGUCACCUUCUCCCCGGAACCCUGCAGAGCCCAUUGCUGUGCAGAACAACCAGCAGCUGGCCUUGAAGGUAGAAGGUGUUGUUCAGCACGGGUCUAAACCAGGGCUGUUCCGCAGAAUUCAGUCUGUGUGUCUGAAUGUUUCCUCCACACUACAGAGUAAAUCCAGCCAAGACUACAAGAUUCCCAUUGACAGCAUGACCAAUGAGAUGGAGCAGAGGGUUGAGCCACAUAAUGAUUACUUCAGCACCCAGUUUCUGUUGAACUUCACUGUCCUUGGAACACACAGCAUUACAGUAGAGUCAUCAGUGAGAGAUGCCAAUGGCAUCGUCUGGAAGACUGGCCCCAGAACUACCAUGUUUGUCAAAUCCCUGGAAGACCCCUACUCCCAGCAGAUCCGCCUGCAGCAGCAGCAAGCCCAGCAGCCUUUGCAGCCACAGCCACAGCCACAGCCACAGCCUCGCAGUGCCUACACCCGGUUUUAGCUAUGCUACAAGCAUACUGCUGCCACACUGCACAGCCAUCAGACUACAGGAAGAGUCUCACCCUCAUGUGCGUUUGGUGUCAGUGUCACAGUGCCACACUGCACAGCCAUCAGACUACAAGAAGAGUCUCACCCUCAUGUGCGUUCGGUGUCAGUGUCACAGUGUGAAAUCUAGUGCUCCUGAUUUCUGUAAUGUAGCAUUCUACAUUAAUAAUGUGAUCUUUUUUCUUAAAUAUUUAGUGUAAGAAAUAACCUGGCUCUUAGCCAAAAAAGUAAAGUUUUUUGUUUUUUGUUUUUUUAUUUCUUAAACCCAGUCUUCUAUCUCACACUUAGCAUUUUUGUUGUAUUAGUCUUUGUUGUUGGUGAGCUUUUCUUCUUCCAGGAGUAGUCACAGAUCAUUAGUAAAUUUGACUGUGUCUCUACCAGAAUUAUUGUGCUGACUGGCUCAGACCUGGGUUUUUGAGGUAGGCAGGGGAAGUACUGCGGAGUCUGUGCAGUACUCGUCCAGGGCUGGAGAGUCAGCAGCACCUGCCUUGUGGUCUGUGGGAGCCUGUGGUCCAUGCUCAGCACCCUGCUGCAUCACUGGCACGUCUUACCCACCUUCUGCCCUGAAGCAAUGUUAGUUUAUUGUUUUGUUUUUUGAUCGAUCCAAAAAACAGCUCACAACUACGUAGAAAAGUUGGAAAUGAAUGGUGUGUUGGUUUUUCCUGGUGUGUGACUAGUGUAGACUUCUUACAUUUUGUUUACGAAUGGAAUGUGGGUUCACAUAUGUCUUCCUGUUUGAAGUAAAGGGGACAGAUCCUUCCCUCCCUCUGGUUUCUACUAGAAAGCGUAUUGACUCUGCACGAUGUCUAGUCAGCGCCUCUGUGACAUAACCUCAGCUGGGAUGCUCAGGGAACACACUGGCUAGCCAGAAAAGCCCUUUUCUACUUCCAUCACGGUUGGAAACUACAUGACAACACACUUAUUCCAGGUGUGACUUAACAGUUGACUGUGGCUGCUCACGAUGAGCUGAGCCUGCCCAUACCCCGAGGGGUCAUUGGUGUUGGGUGCAGUGUGGUUGCUAAGGGUGUAAGCCCUAGAUUUCCCUGUGUAAAUAAAUCUCCUAAUUUCUUUGCU